AUGGGUGACAGCAGCACCCAACCAGACCAUGCCAAUGGCACGACUCCCAAGAAACACAUCCUGUUGAAUGCGUUCGACAUGUCCACUGUCGGACACUUGUCCCCUGGACAAUGGAAGAAUCCCGCCGACAAAUCCGCCACAAAACGCUCCCUCACCUACUGGAUCGAGCUGGCCAAGCUACUCGAGCGCGGCGGCAUCAACGCCCUCUUCCUCGCGGAUACCUACGGCGGAUACGAUACCUACGAGGACAGUCUGGAUGAAUGUAUUCGGCGCGCGGCGCAGUGGCCCGUUACGGAUCCUACUAUUCCGAUUUCAGCCAUGGCGGCGGUGACGAAGAAUCUCGCGUUCGGGAUCACGGCGUCGACGUCGUUUGAGCCGCCUUUCUUGCUGGCGAAGCGGUUCUCGACGCUGGAUCAUUUGACGAACGGGCGCGUGGGGUGGAAUAUCGUCACGUCGUGGAAGAAGGCGGCGUUUAAGGCCAUUGGAUUGGAUACGCCGAUCGAGCAUGAUGAGCGGUAUCGGCAGGCGGAUGAGUAUCUGCGGGUUGUUUAUAAACUCUGGGAAGGAUCCUGGGCAUCUGAUGCGCUCUCCCCCGACCCCGAAACCGAUACCUACGUGGACCCGGCCAAGGUGCGCCAGAUCAACCACAAGGGGAAGUAUUUCUCGCUGAACACGCGUCACAUUGUCGAUCCGUCGCCGCAGCGCACGCCGUUCCUGUUCCAGGCCGGCACGUCGGCAGCGGGGUCUGCGUUCGCGGCGACGCAUGCCGAGGCGAUCUUCGUGUCCAGUCAUUCGCCCGCCGUGCUGCGGCCGAAGAUCGAUCACAUCCGGAAACUGGCGGCGGAGCAAGGGCGGGAUCCGCGGUCGAUUAAGUUCUUCGCAACGUUUACGCCGAUCAUUGGGCGCACGGAUGACGAGGCGCAGGCCAAGUAUGAGGAGUUGAAGCAGUAUGCGUCGGUGGUCGGCGGACUGGUGCUGUUUAGCGGGUGGACGGGGAUCGAUAUUUCGCGGAUUCCGCUGGACCAGGAUAUCACGGCGGCGGAUUCGCUGGAGGCACAUAAGGUGACGAGCAUGUUGGAUGCGUUCACCACGACGAGCGAGGAUGUCCCCCAGUGGACGCCGCGCGUGGUGGCUCAGAAGGCGGCGAUCGGGGGCUUGGGACCGGUGGGGAUUGGCAGUCCGCAGCGGGUGGCGGACGAGCUGGAGCGGUGGAUUCGGGAGGCAGAUGUGGACGGGUUCAAUCUGGGAUACGUGACCACGCCGGGGACCUUUGAAGAGGUGGUGGAUCUGUUGAUCCCAGAGCUGCGACGGCGGGGAUUGUAUCCUGCCGCGGGGGCGGAGGCGGACGGGCUGACGGCGCGGGAGAAGGUGUACGGCAAAGGCCAGCGCGGGUUGCGAGCGGACCAUCCAGGGAGUCAGUACAAGUACGAGGUUUAUCAGGAAGACGACGCAGCUGUUGCUGAAAGAGAGGGGUCAUGA